AUGAGUAAAGCUCAAGCCAAAAAAAGGGAUGAUCAGAAUGCUGAUACCACACCACAAGUAAAGCAGGUGAGGUCAAUCUUAGACGCCUACUCAACAGAUGAGGGAGAACUCGCCAAAGAAACAGAUUGGAUACUAAAGUUUAUCCAGAAUUUCAGAUUAUCGAAGGAAGCUUUUCGAGAUUUAUUGAAUGAAGUAGAAAACCAACUUAAAAUAACAAAAACUGAACGCGCUGUACCUAAUAUUUUAAAGCCGGCAUGCGAAGAUUUUAAUUUAGGUUUAGCUCAACCUACUGUAUCUGUUUGUUUAAAAGAGGUGUUCAACGCAGUUGAAAGGCGUUCAUGUCCGAAGUGGAUUAAAUUUGAGUACAGUAAAGAAGAGGAACGACGUGCCAAAAUUUAUUUUUACGAAAAAACUGGCUUCCCAAAUAUUGUGGGUUGUGUAGAUGGAAGACACAUAAAAAUAAUAAGUCCAAAGGAAGAAGUAAAACAUUUAUACUACAACAGAAAAGAAUUUUGUAGUUUAAAUGCAUUGAUAGUAUGUGACCACGUAAUGAACACACGUUAUGUGAAUGCCAAAUACCCAGGAAGUCAUCACGAUUCACAUAUUUGGAACGUGUCAGCUUUUAAAGCUAAAAUUGAGAGUGAUUAUCGUAGUGGAUGA